UAGGAACGUGAAGUUUGUUCCAAGUCCAACGUGACAUUUGUUGUUUGAGUUAGAGUUAGAGUUCAAGUUCAGAAGUAAAUCUUACUCAUGCGGAAAUAAAUUUCGUCCUCAACUAAUUUCCUACGCAAUCAAACAAUUACUGAUUACUCGUAAUGUCUGCCCUAUUUAAUUUCCAAAGUCUCCUGACCGUGAUUUUGCUACUGAUCUGCACCUGUACUUACGUCAGAGCUAUCAUACCCAGUUUACUGGAUAAUCGGUUAGGAAAAGUUGGUCUUCAAGGUACUUUUUGGAAAUGUGCUAGGAUUGGUGAGAGGAAAAGUCCAUAUGUAGCAGCAAGUUGCCUUUUAAUGGCUUUGUAUACCUUGUUCUGGUCUUAAAGUGGAUACAUAUAUUUUAAGCUGUAAGAAACGUUGUAUCUGUACAUUGAUGAUGGACAUGAUUAAUUUAUAUGUAUUUGAAUACUUAAGUGAGCUCGUUUAUCAUAAUGAAAAAUAGCAUAAGGUUUAACGUAAAAUAAAAGGAGUCAAUUAAUAUCACA